AGACCCUGCCGUCGUGCACGUCUCUCUCUCUCUCUCUCUCUCUCUCUCUGCCUCUCUCUAUCUGUCGGUGACGCGCUCCAAGGUUUCUUCCUACCGGAGGCAUCAGCAGCAGCAGCGGCGGCGGCGAUGUAUCGGUGUCUGCUGGCUGAGAGCGCCUGAGAAGAGACACACGGAGGAUUGUUCCCAGCUUCUCCCCCCCACACACACACUCACAAGCACCGGGAUUUAUUGCGCUGACGCAAUUUGCGGAUUUGCGGAGCAUCUAUCGAAUCUUCCGCUGUGUGACCCGGGGCCAUCAGACGUGAGCAGCUGCAGCACAACAAGGUGGACUGUGACUGUGGCUUGGAGUGGAUGGGCCCCUGUGUUCUCCCAGCCAAUAAUCCAUCCCUCCAUCUUACCGUCAGCCAGAGGAAAGAUCUGAUGACAGGACUGCAGAGAGUGGAGAGAAAAGACCCCCUGCUAUGGCCAGUGCAGCUGAUGGUGUAGGCAACCUGGGUGCUGAGCAGAACCACAUUAGUGUUCCUGUCGCUGAUCAUGGAGCCUGGGCCACGGCCAUGAACAACCUGGGCAUCAUGCCCAUGGGCAUCAGCGGGCAGCAGCUGGUUUCAGAUUCUCUGUGUAUCCAGAGAUUCGACCCUGGGCUGGGCCUCAUUGCACCCAUAAACCCCAUGAUGGCAGGAAUCAGCCUGGUCCCCCCUCCACCCGUUCCCUCCGACAUGGCCGUCAUCAAGGAGAUCAUCCACUGCAAGAGCUGCACUCUCUUCCCUCAGAACCCUAACCUUCCUCCUCCAUCGACGCGGGAGCGCCCUCCCGGCUGUAAGACAGUAUUUGUGGGGGGUUUGCCAGAGAACGCCACAGAGGAAAUAAUUAGGGAAGUGUUUGACCAAUGUGGGGAGAUCAACGCCAUCCGAAAGAGCAAGAAGAACUUCUGCCACAUCCGCUUCAGUGAGGAGUUCAUGGUAGACAAGGCUAUUUACCUGUCAGGGUAUCGGAUGCGUAUCGGAUCCAGCACUGAUAAAAAGGACUCUGGGAAGAUCCAUGUAGACUUUGCCCAGGCCAGAGAUGACCUUUAUGAGUGGGAGUGUAAACAGCGCUUACUGGCCAGAGAGGAAAGACACCGCCGCAAGAUCCAUGAAGACAGACUGCGGCCACCAUCUCCCCCUCCGAUUGUGCACUACUCUGAACACGAGGUAGCACUGUUAGCAGACAGACUAAAAGAUGAUCAUAAGUUCAGUGAGGCCAUAGCCGUUCUGUUCACCUGGAUCGACAGGGGCGAAGUCAACCGCCGCACCGCCAAUCACUUCUACUCCAUGAUCCAGUCGGCCAACAGCCACGUUCGCCGACUGAUGAGCGAGAAAGCUCAGCACGAGGAGGAGUUGGAGCGUGCCAAAGAGGUCUUCAAGAAUGCUCUGCUGGCUAUAUUAAAUCAGUUCGAGCAGAUCACCGCCGUUUUCACCGCUGCCACCCGGCAAAAGGCAUGGGACCAUUUCUCAAAAGCACAGCGCAAGAACAUAGACAUUUGGCGCAAGCAGUGUGAGGAGCUGAGGAACGCCCACAGCGAAGAGAUCAUGGGCAUCAGACGAGAAGAGGAGAUGGAGAUGUCGGAUGACGAGUCGGAUGAAAGUCCUUGCAAGAAGAUGCGCACUGAGGAAAAUGGAGUGUGUGAUCAGACUCAGGCCUCUCUGAAGGAGGAGAACGACUCCCUGCGCUGGCAGCUGGACGCCUACAGGAACGAGGUGGAGCUCCUGAGGAAGGAGCAGAGCAGAGCCAGCCGCCCAGAAGACGAUCACGUGCACACGCAAACACACACGCACCCUCACAGCCCAGAGGCUCAGAUCCAGCUGCUGCAGCAGAGCAUGCACAGCAUGCAGCAGCAACUUCUGAGCCUGCAAGAGAAGCUAUCGAGCAAGGAAACCGAGCUGGAGCAGGCAAGAGAGGAGCACCGCUACCUGGAGGGGGAGGUGCUCAGCCUCCGAGACAAGCUGCUGAGCAGUAAUGGGGAGACUGUGGAAGUGACCAACGGCGAGCUCCAUGAAAAGGGGAUCAACGGCUGUGUUCCUUCUCUGUACCACAGCAGAGACCAGAGGACUGAGCUUAUCACAAGAGGAGUCAUCACUUCAGAAAAAGAGGCUCUGCUUCUUGGCAUUAUAUCGACCUUCCUCCAUGUCCAUCCAUUCGGGGCCAACCUUGAGUAUCUGUGGUCGUACAUACAGAGGCUAGACUCCAAGGUAUCUGCAGGGGAACUGGAGCGGCUCAUGGUCCGUCUGCCCAGUAUGUUCAGGCAGGAGCUGAGUGGCGUCGGUGCAACUCUGGAAAAAAGAUGGAAAUUCUGCGGUUUUGACACACUGAGUUCAGCGUGACACAGGAGUGGCGCACACACACGCUGCGAAGUCACACCAACGUGAAGAGACGCGCACAAUGCCUCGGACCUUUAAUUCACAUGUGUGUGUGCGCAUGUUGUUCAGACACACGGCAGUGCAGUAGACAACAGAUGACGUUCACUCAAGCAGACACUGGAAACUGUGAAAGCGACUGAUUUUUUUUUUUUUUUUUAAAUCCCAAGACAUUUCACCUCUGGAUGCCCGGUUCAGGUGAAAUAACAUUUCUUUUCCUCACUGCAGAUUCUCACCACGGUGAACUGCAACAGGGCGUUAUAGACUAGAUAUCGUCGGUCAGCGCUGAAGACACACCCUCUGUCUGUCCUCUGAAGUGAAUCAUGGUCCUUGGUGUCUUGCUGUCGGUGCCUGAAAAAUCCAGCAACAACCGAAACAUCACAGACAGAGUUUUAAAAAAAUUUAUACCAAAGUUGAACGUUAAAAGAUUUGAUGCCAAACCUCAUUUCCCUGGCAGAUAAAUCGUCUCCUACUUGGUCCAAGAACUGGCUGUGCAAGGGAGUUUUUGCUGGGCUUCCUGUGGCAUGAUGGGACCACAGAUAGAUCAUUUCCUCUUAAUGGUUUGGAAAGGAGUUUGUACACCAACUCUAAAUCUGUCAUUCAACAAAAACACAUACAGAGCCCUUUAAUUUAAUCUUUACUGCCAGCUGAUUGUAAUCUUGUGCUACUUUCUGAAUGUGGUGGUGAAACAAUAUCUAACAUUAUUUAUGUUGCAUUUUCUCUUCUGGGUAUUCAUAUUUGGGGUUUUCAAGCUUUCAGGCAAUUCCCUGACUUUGUCCAUAAGGAAGCGAUUUUCCCCAGAAUUUUUACUGGGGUGCAAAUUAUGUGUUGCCUCAGAAGAUUUGCUGCUUUUAAGGCUAAAGUAAGGUAAUAAAAGUCUGUGUGCACAGUGACCACCACAGAUUACAUGAAAGGAUGGCCAUUGCACAACUAACGUCAGCCUUACUCUGCUAGACUGUCAGUAUACAGUAAAUCCCCCAUUCUGUAAAAAGAGCAUAUCUGCAGAAAGGAGUAUCUGAAAUAAGAUUGCUUUUAAAGUAAAAGAAAUUUGAAAGGUCAGCAUGCAAGAGAUCUACAGGGUGUUAGAAAUAUCAUCAUAUGUGAAGACAAAUAAUGGUGAGAACAUGUUUGACACUGUGAAUUCUUUAGGUAGGCUCAUUGCAUUAGUUUCGAUUCAGCUUUGUUUAUACAGUGCCAAAUCACAACAUCAAUGCUUUUUAUAUUGUAAGGUAAAGACCCAACAAUAACACAUUCUUGGUGAGGGGAAAGAGCAGAGAGAGAUGGAACGAGAGACACACUAUAAUGAUAAUGUAAAUAGAACUAAUCCCAGCACAGAACCCUGUGGAACUCCAACCACUGCAGCCUGGUACCUUUAAUGCCUGUGGCCUGUUCUAAUCUCUGUUUUUGAUUAGAACAGAUCAUGUGUCUGUGUCACAUGAUCUGGAAUUGACCAUUUGUACCUAUCAGUAAUAAAGUACCUUAUAAAGUGCUAGAAGUUUACAGUUUUAAGGCCAGACUACGCUGUGGGAUUAUAUCCGUGAAGACUACGUGCAGUAUAAGGACCUAGAUUUUUGCUGUUUUGCUGCUCCUGAUCAGAGAAUAAACAAGCCAAAAGUCUUCAAACAGACACGUGCUGCUUCACACCUGGGUACCAUCGGGAAACAUCUUGGAUACAUUUACCAUACAGAUAAAAUAAUGUGAGCCUCCAUUGUUACUGGAUGCUAGUGUUUACUGAGUGACAGUUUGGGGUUGGUGUGUGAACAUGAGUUCUUAUUUAUUUCUUACUGCCAGAUAUUUUUUAAUUGAAAAAAUAAUAAUAUACAGGCAAACUGAUGUGGAGUUUGAAAUAAUCUGAGUGACUAAGUGUGAAAACACUCCAGGCCUGUUAGGUGCUCCCUGACGAGGACACGGACACUGGAAACAGGAGGGUUAGAGGAAGGAAAGGACCAUAUUUGGGAAAAACUCCAUGAAGAUGAUGGAAGUAAAGAAAGAAAAAUUGCUGAUUUGUCAAAGACCGAUGUGAGGGAUCGAAAUUCAAUCAUUCUGCUUAAUUUAUUUCAAUAUAUUGUGUAAAGAAGCUGUUCACAGAAGGCAGCAGACUGAAAUGUUCCACUGCCAUAUUACAUAUUGUAAUUAAAUAUGGUAAAAUGCAAAAAA